UCAAGUGACUCCACCAUCCUUCUCUCAUUCAGUUUCUUAUUACUUGGUAUUCUCUUGCCUCACUUCCACACAUCUUCCUGUUUUGUGAUCAUGUGAAUCAUGUUGAUAUAACAAUGAAGUAGACUGAUAUUAGAGAUUUGUAUACCAACCUCGAGUCAAAGAGGACAUUUUGGUCAUUUGAAAGUGAAGAGAUUAGAGAGGGUACAUCUGGACUUGUUUGGUCCUAUAUACUGUAGCAAAGCAGCGACGAGUGGGUUUUUAGUGCAGCAGAAAGACCUGUUGCUCAGCAGUGGAGUCUUUCUGAGGAAGCUCUGUGGUUGAGGUGGCUGCUGCUGAGUGUAACGGUGCUACAGAGACGCUCUUCCCCAUCACUUUCAUUGGGCUUCACCGAACUGAACACUACGUCUCCGUGGCUGAAUACAGCCUAGAACUUAAAACUUGAGCGUAUAGAUAGAUUUAUACUGUGAUGAUACAUGAUUUGAGCUUCCUAUUCAAUUUUCAUUAGUUUACUACGCAGUUGGAGAUUCAGGGAUUAAGUUUACAUUUUGGCAUAUCAUAUUUUGAUAUCAAAUUAAUUUCAAAUUUGAGCCUGGAUGUAUUUGUUCAGCCUAAUGACUUGAUGUGAAAGGUUGACAUUUGUAUGCCUUUUAAAGAACCUUAUCUGGUGACUUGACUGAAGACAUCUUCAAGAGGGCUAGCUGCAGAGAUUUGUCAUUCCUCUUUUACUAGGGCCUUCUACUUCCCUUCCAUUAGACUGAGUCUACAAAACCAUCUGUGCUCCUGCUGCUUCUCGCUUCCCCACCAUGCCUCGCUCUUUCCUGGUGAGGAGGGGGGGCUCUCACCCUCCGCGCCCCAAAGCAGGUAGCCCCUACUUGGGCACGACCCUGGUCCCAGUAGGUUCCUCAGAAACAGACAAGAGGCAGGGGGGUACCCUUCCGGGACAGCCGUCACCUAAGGGUGCAGUGUCUCUAGUGACACACAAUGAGGCCUACCCACCACAGCCCUCUCCAUCUCCAGCCCUCCACCCUGCCUCACAUAGUCCCCCUUACCUUCACCCCUCCAGUCCCAUGUCUUCAGAUGGUAGAGCUGGGCUGCACCACGACUCUCCCUCCCAGUUGAACCCUGGCAGCCCUGCUGAGGAGGUGGGCUCGCCCCUCCUGGGGGAGACCCGACACAGAGGCUGUCCCCAGAUCAGUGACCACAGGACCACUGGGACUGAAUGUCCACUGUGUGGAAAGAGUUUCUUUUCUUUCUCCAGUAUGGAGUCCCACGUCCACAAGUCCCAUGGUGGCAGACACAAGCAGUCAUCAUCAGCACACAUCAAGACUAACAGUCAGCCGUACGGCUAUAGGCCAGACCUGGGUUUGAGCUACAGGGUCAAGGAGCGUACGUUUGGCUGUAAGGUGUGUGGGAAAGUGUUCAAGCGCUCCUCCACCCUGUCCACUCACCUGCUAAUCCACUCUGACACGCGACCCUACCCCUGUCAAUACUGUGGCAAAAGAUUUCACCAGAAAUCUGAUAUGAAAAAACACACCUUCAUUCACACAGGUGAGAAGCCUCAUGUGUGCCAGGUGUGUGGCAAAGCCUUCAGCCAGAGCUCCAACCUCAUCACCCACAGUCGUCAGCACAGUCACAACCAGCCCUACCGCUGCCUCUAUGGCUUCCAGCGCAAACAGGACCUGAGACAAAACCAGGAGAAUCACCGUACAUAGACCUUUAGGCCAAGGCCCUGGCUAAGAGCUGAUCUGAGCUCAGUUUUCACAAUCGGGAGAACCACUGUACAUAGAUAGCAACUCAAACAUCUUUUCAUAAUAAGGGGCACCACUGCACAAGCUAAACAGAAGCUGGGGAUGGAUGAAAGAAGGGAUGGAUGCUCCACAAAAAAUUCUAACAAACAUUUACCUUGACUGUAGUUGAAUCCCAACUGUAUAUUUUGCCUACAUAUAUAUUGUUUUUUCAGUGUCAUCAUAGGGUCAUAUCUGAAAAUAUGUUUACAACACCUUUGAACUUUAUUCCAAAGUAUCAGUUUCUUAUGUGUGUGCAUUAAAACUCUUUGUUGUCCACUUUCAGAUUUGGAUAACAACAAUAUAUUA